AUGAAUUCUUGUGUUUUUAUAAUUUUCUCAUUUCUCUUGCUCCUCCUUGUGACUGCAACUACCAGCCAAUUGGUAGCAGUGGGAGAAGUAGGAGAUGAUAGAAAUAUGAAAAAGUGUUUGGAUAAUGAGAGACUUGCUCUCCUUCUUUUUAAAGCUCCCCUUCAUGACCCCAAUGAUACUCUCUCUACAUGGACAGCUGACCAACAUGACUGCUGUAAUUGGAGUGGAAUCACGUGCAGCAACCAAACAGGUCAUGUCACAGGGCUUGAUAUUCAUUUCUAUGUUCUUGGAGGUGAGAUAAGCCAUUCAUUGGUUAACUUAACCUACUUGAGUCGUCUUGAUCUUUCUGGAAAUUCUUUCCAUGGAACCAUCCCCACCGUCAUUGGUUCUUUGACCGAGUUAAGGUACCUUGACCUUUCCGAGAACUCUUUUUAUGGAACCAUUCCUCCAGAGUUUGGAAACCUCACCAACUUGCAAGUGCUUUCCCUUAGAUAUGUUGGAGGCUGUAGGGUUGAAAAGGUAGAGUGGUUGUCUCAUCUCUCUCAUUUGGAGGUACUUCAUAUUGAUGGGAUUUCCCUAGCCAAACAAAAUCACUGGGUAAAUGUAAUUCUUAGUCUCCCAAAACUAUCAAUUUUAAGUUUACAGGGGUGUGAGCUGUCACAGGUCAUGUAUCCAUAUUCUUCAUUUCUCAACUCUUCUUCUUCAUCUAUUCAUACCCUUUAUCUCGGUGGCAACAAUCUCACCUCAUCCAUGUAUAGUUGGUUUUUCCCAUUAACCAGCAAUAAACUUGUUGAACUUCAUCUCUCUAGCAACAUGUUAGAUGGGAUACCCAAAUAUCUUGGUAACAUCUCUAGUUUGGAAAUUUUAAAGUUCGCUGAGAACUCUGCUGUUGUCAAAUUUCCUGAUUUUCUCAACAACUUGUCUGGAUGCACAUCGCUUUCAUUACAAUACUUGAUUGCUCCAGGUAGCCAAUUUACAGGGUCAUUGUCUGAUGAGAUCCAAAAGUUUUCAUCACUAAAGUGUUUGUUCAUAGCUGGUAGUCAUUUAAAUGGAAGUAUUAGUGAGAAACUGUGGGAACUACCCAGCCUUGAAAUUCUUGAUGUUUCUUAUAAUAAUCUUACAGUUCCUUCCACAAUUCAUAAUUCAAACCUUUCUUAUGUAAAUCUUUUUGAUAUGAGAUCUUGCAAGGUAGGGCCUCACUUCCCCAAAUGGAUUGAGACACUGAAAAAUCUUACCAGUCUUGAUCUUGCCAAUACUGGAAUUUUAGACACAACUCCUCCGGACUUCUGGGCCAUGUGGCCUUCUCGUUUAAUAUAUAUGAAUCUCUCUUCCAAUAACAUUAGUGGAAUGAUACCAGAUUUAUCAUCAAAUUUUGCCAAGAAGUCGGCGAUAGAUUUGAGUUCCAACACCUUUCAUGGCCCAAUACCUAAUGUCCCUUCCGCUUUGUUAUCAUUAAAUCUUUCCAGAAAUAAAUUCUCUGGAGGAAUCUCCUUUAUAUGCCAAAUUGUUGAUGGGCUCUUAUACUUUCUUGACCUCUCUCAUAACUCAUUAAGCGGACAACUCCCAGACUGUUUGUGGCAUUUAAAACAACUAAAAGUUCUUAAUCUCGGACACAACAAUCUCUUUGGAAGGCUUCCUCCCUCUAUUGGAUCUUUGAUAGAACUUGAGGCGUUGUAUUUAUACAAGAACGACUUAUCUGGAGAAUUGCCUUUGUCUUUGAAAAAUUGCACGAGUUUAAUCUCGUUGAAUUUGGGGGCCAACAAGUUUUCUGGUAACGUGCCUGUCUGGAUUGGGGAAAGCUUAUCAAAGUUGUAUGUUGUUAUCCUAAGAUCAAACAACUUCUUUGGAAACAUCCCUUUACCGUUAUGUCAAUUAGCUAAUCUGCAAAUUCUGGACUUGUCAAUGAACCAUCUCCAUGGAACGAUCCCCUCAUGUUUGAGUAAUCUUACAAGCAUGGUUCAAGAAGGAUUUUCACAAGAUGAAUUGUAUUAUACAAUUGGAAUAAGUGAGAAUAUGGAUGAAACUGAGACAUAUGUUGACCAUGCAAUGAUCGAGUGGCAAGGAGAUGAACUUGAAUUCUUUGGCAGUCUAAGAUUGUUAAAGAGCAUUGACCUGCGUUGUGUGAGAAGGCAUACACUUGGAGUCCAACCAAAAGAAACCGGAAAGAUGGAUGAAGAUGUAGAUGGGCAGUGCGGUUCUAAAGGUGAAACUGUGAAACUCAAGAGUUGCAAAGAAUAUCAUUUGGUGGUAGAACAUCACAGCCCAAUCUUAUAA